UCAUUAGGAAGCAGUGACCGGGGCACGGCACUGUACAUAACAGAUACACAUGUUUUUCUGUCAUUCAUUUCCUCUGUUUCAGCAAAUCAGUAUAUAUCCAUUAAAUGGACAGUAAGUCAACACUUCAACCCUAAACAUGGACUCAGACUGGACUACAAGUCGUGACAGUGAUUUCAAGUAUUCAGCCAGUGGAUGGCGCUAUUUUUGUGGAAAAAAGCCUGAAUGGAUUACCUAUGGACUGCUGAUGUUACUGUAUGUACUGAUCCUGGCCCUGGUCAUUACUGUCUUCUGUGGAUCCACUACAUCCAGUACAUCUCAGACAGUCAGUAAGGCAGAGCUUGAUGGCUUUAACAAAACAGUCAGUGAACUUACUUCAUGGGUGAACCAGCUGGAAGCAUCUGCAAAGAAAAAGUCCUGUGACCCUGGUUGGCUGCAGUUUGAUGGCAGCUGCUAUUACCUCACUUUAUCCAAGUCUAAUUGGAACAAAUCGAGGAGUGUGUGUAUUAAAAAGGGAGCCGACCUCGCUGUGAUCACCAGUGAGAGAGAACAGAAUUUCCUUACUACUAAAUCUGCUGCCAACUAUGGCAAACGCUUCUGGAUUGGACUUCAUGACGCCAUCGAGGAAGGUGUUUGGAUAUGGGUGGAUGGAACAAACUACGAAGCAUCUUAUACGUCCUGGAAGGAAGGGGAGCCGAAUGAUCACUUUGGGGAUGAAGACUGUGUACACUUGUGGACUGCCGGGGAGUGGAAUGAUGUGUAUUGCACAUAUGAUGACAGUUAUGCAAUUUGUGAGAAGAAGCUCUGAGUUUGUGUCCUACAGGAGACUUAUUCUGCAGCCGUCUCAUGGAGCUCAUUGAUCAUAUACAUCUAAAUAGCAUUUUAAACUGAUUUGUGUUCACCUUUGUAACUAUUUCCCCUAUUUUAUGUAUGCUCUCCUUCCCCUGCCAUUCAGUGCAGCACUGAGGCACCUUACCACGGCUGCCAACAGAAAUUGUGGGGGGAAAUAGGAAGCCACCUCCCCCCCUACCACCAGCCAAAAUAGUGCAGGCCGGGCCCCCCUUUUCUGUCAGAGUGUACCUGCUGGCAGUGUUGUGCCUUCUCCCAAUCUUGGACCCACCUACCUAUACUCCACGGGACACCCGCCUAUACUCCCGAGUCCUCAGUAACCUGCUGAGUCUGUGGUCCAUUCCUGGACUGUUGUGGGUUAUGCCUGCUGCUGUGCUCCUCCUGCUGAUCUUAUUGAGGAUCGCUUGUGAGCGAGCGGUAGUAGUGGGCUGGCAAUAGGAGCAGGCGGGCAGUAGGGGAUCAGUAUGCAAAACACCAGCAGCCGGGAUUCUGGCCGUCAGUAUACAGACAGCGGAAUCCUGGCCACCGGUAUGCCGGCAGCGGGGCGAGCGCAUGAAAGUAUUCUAGAAAAUAUUCUCCCUCUAUGGGUGUCGUGGAAACCCACAGAGGGAUAAAAGCCUGUGGCGCAAGGAUUCUGGCACUGGUAUUUCACCGCUAGUCGGGAUUCCGGAGUUGGCAUUAUGACUAGAGGUAUUGUAACCGCAUCCCAGCAGUAGGAGUAGUGUGGGCAGGUGGGCGGUAGGAGCAAUGCAGGCCCUACAAGCAGUGUGGGGAGUAUAGCACUGCAGGUGAUAGGAUCAGCGUGGGCAGUAGAAAUGGUGCAGGCCAUGCCCUCCCUCUCUGUCAGAGUGUCCAGGCCCAGGAGUGCAGACUCCCAGCUCCAUCUUGAUGGUGGCUUUGUCCUUACUAAUCAUUAACAGCAGGGCCAAACUGCCCAUCUGGCACUUCUGGCAAAUGCCAGAAGGGCUGAUGGGCCGGUUCGGUCCACAGAGGCCGGGAACGCAGCGCAGCUCCUGGCUGUUUUGUCCCCCGCUGCCACCUGUAGUGCCCUGUUGCUAAGCGAUGUGGGGCGUGCCGAGAGUCCAUGCCCCCUGACUCGCGGCACGCCUCCAUUUGCAGUGUCUGCGCGCCCUUUUCUUGGCACGUGCAUCCCCUUUUAUGUGUGCGCGCACACAGAUGCCAGGGCCGGAAAGAGGCCCCAGUCCGAACCCUGAUUAACAGUAAUAUUUUUAUAUAGGACCUUUCCACUAUUAUGUACCCAGGGCUGUCUUAACAACAUUGCAGGCCUUGGGCAAAGCAAUUAACUAGGACAGCUACCCACCCAUUUACAGGAAUAAAAAAUUAUUUAAAAAAUCAUAA